GUGACAUUGACAGCUGUCAUAUCUUCACUAGCGCCAUCGUUAUUUUCUCUUUCCCCUCUUUUAUUUCUGCGGUUAGGUGCUGACCACGUUUUCUUCGUAAAAAGCAAUUUUUGCUGGCAAACAUGGGUCGUGUCCGUACGAAGACCGUGAAAAAGGCGUCGAAAGUGAUCAUUGAGAAAUACUACACCCGCCUCACGUUGGAUUUCCACACCAACAAGCGCAUCUGCGAGGAAAUCGCUAUUAUUCCCACGAAACCGCUGCGAAACAAGAUCGCCGGAUUCGUCACGCAUUUGAUGAAGAGGCUGAGGCAUUCCCAGGUCCGUGGUAUUUCAAUCAAACUCCAAGAAGAGGAGCGCGAAAGGCGCGACAACUACGUGCCUGAGGUGUCCGCUUUGGAGCACGACAUCAUCGAAGUUGAUCCCGAGACCAAGGACAUGUUGAAGAUGCUGGAGUUCAACAAUAUCAGCGGCUUGCAGCUGACGCAGCCCACCACAAACACGUUCAACAGACGUACAUAGAUGUUAAUAUAAGUAAACACAAUAAAAGUUUUCUAUCGAG